AUGUCUUUAAAUAGUGUUAAUGAUAAUGUUGUAAAAUUCACUCCAAAUUUUUGUUAUGGAGUGGAUUCGGUAGGUUCUAAAGGCGAGUUAGCUUUGUUUGGUUGGGUUCUAGGUGAUGUUUCUUGUAUCAGUACCUCUCCUAAUUACAUUUGUAAGAUGGAGGAAGCUAAUGAUUUUAAUCAGGUAGAAUCUCUAGAUGAUAAGCUAGGAGGCACUACUCUGAUUAAAGGCUUAGAUUUUUUCCUUGAUUGGAAAUUUCAAAGUGGAAUGCUCGAUGUCCCUUUCUCAGGUCCAAGAUACACAUGGUCAAACAAACGAGUACCGGAAAGGUUAGUCCUUGAACGGCUCGAUAGGGCUUAUUGCUUCUCAAAUUGGUUAAACGAUUUCCCGGAUGGACGGGUUUUCCACGAGCCAAUCGUGGUUUCUAAUCACGCAGCAAUUUUGUAUGACUCUAACUCGUUGGUUUUAAGGUCUAAUAGACCGUACCAAAUGGAGAGGUGGUGUCUUUCUUUUCCCGAAAUAGGAAACUUCAUCCUUGAAGGUCUAGGUAUGGAGUGUGUGGGUUCAGAUAUGUUUCGUCUUAUGGCGCAGCCAAAAUGGGUAAGGAAGAUGAUGCGGAAAUGGUUUUUAGAUAAUAAGAGAUUAUGGGGUGUGAAUUGGAGGCAAGUUUCUAAUGAUUUGCAAGCUAAAGGGGAGAAUAUCUCGACUGUUCUGGAUGGUGCCGCGUACGUAGGUGCCAUUACCACAAUUUUGCCUCAACCUACACUCCAAUUUCAUUAUUGGAGGCAGCAAAUGAAGGAUAGAUGGAUAAAACAAGGGCAGCAUGAGGUUGAAUCUCUUAUCCGAAACUCUCUUUUGAAUGUCUUUAAACCCCCCGCUUCCUUUUCAGAAGGAAUAGGGGAACGAGUGGAUUUGGUGUUGAGGGAGUUAGACCUUCCUAAGAUCUCGGAACUGUAUAAACUUGACUUGAUGAGACCUUUCUCCCAUCAAGAAGUCCGAAAGGCUAUGUUCUCUAUUCAUAACCUGAAAUCUCCAAGUCCAGACGGAAUUAUUGCGGAAUUUUUUCAUCAGCACUUGGAGAAAGUGGGGACUGAGGUUUCUAGGGUUGUGCUCUCUUUUUUCUCUACAGGUUGUCUUCUUAAGGAGAUUAAUGCUUCUCUCUUAGUGAUGCUUCCAAAAGUGGAUACUCCGGAAUUGGCUUCACAAUUCCGGCCUAUUAGCCUUUGCAACACUAUCUACAAAUGCAUAGCUAAGUGCAAGGUUAACAAAAUGAAGACUCUUUUGCCAAGCCUCAUUACUAAAUACCAACAUGCGUUUGUUCCAGAGCGAUAUAUGGAGGAUAAUGUUCUUCUAAGCCAUGAGCUUUUACAUAUGAUCAACACCAACAAAGGAAGGGCUGACAAGGCGGCAAUCAAAAUUGAUAUGUCAAAAGCUUAUGAUAGACUGAAUUGGACCUUUAUUUUAAAAGUCUUACAUGCUUAUGGGUUUCCAGCUUGGUGGGUUCAUAGAAUCUCACAAUGCAUUUCGAUGGUGUCUUAUAGAACACUGGUAACAGAUGACUCUUGCGCUUCGUUGGUAGAGGUUUUUCACAGAUUUGGAGAUAUUUCUGGGCAACAGUUGAACUUGAGUAAAUCUUGCGUCAAAUUUAGCAGUUUGGUGUCCUAG